AUGGCCUCUGCAAUGGCAAAGCGCCUCGAGGGCAAGACCAUCGUGGUCACCGGUGCCUCGUCCGGUAUCGGCCGCAGCACGGCCAAGGAGUUUGCUCGCACCGCGCCCAAGGACCUGAAGCUGAUCGUGACGGCCCGUCGCAUUGACUCUUUGAAGCAGCUCGCCCAGGAGAUCAAGGAGGAAGUCGGUGAGGGUGUCAAGGUCCUCCCCGUACAGUUGGAUGUUAGCAAUCCCGAGGAGAUUAAGAACUUCGUGUCGUCUCUGCCCGCCGAGUUCCAGGAGAUCGAUGUGCUUGUGAACAAUGCCGGCCUUGUCAAGGGUGUCGCCAAGGCCCCCGAGAUCGACGCUCAGGAUAUCGACGUCAUGUUCUCAACCAACGUCACCGGAUUGAUCAACAUGACCCAGGCCAUUCUCCCCAUCUUCCAGAAGAGAUCCGACGGCGGUCGCGGCGAUAUUAUCAACAUCGGUAGCAUUGCUGGCCGCGAACCUUACCCCGGCGGAAGCAUCUACUGUGCCACGAAGGCGGCCGUCCGGUCCUUCACCGACGCAUUGAGAAAGGAGCUGAUUGCGACGAGAAUCCGCAUCAUCGAAAUCGACCCCGGUCAGGUGGAAACCGAGUUCUCCGUGGUUCGAUUCUACGGUGACAAGGAGAAGGCUGAUGCAGUCUACGCUGGCUGCGAACCCCUCACCCCCGAUGACAUCGCUGAAGUUGUUGUGUUUGCCGCUGGUCGGCGCGAGAACGUUGUGAUCGCGGAUACGCUGAUCUUCCCCAGCCACCAGGCUUCUCCGGGAAUUAUGCACCGCAAGGCUUAG